AUGAAUCCAUGUAUAAUUAACGUACUUAUCACGAGUUUUCCAGGGCUUGGUCUCCCAAAAACACUUUCAAUUCCACUGUUAGCAGGAACUACAAUUGGCGAAUUACAAGCGCGAAUCAAGGGGUAUUUACCUACGAUAAAUAACCGUUUUAUUCUCACUACGAUCUCCAACAAACAAGUUCUUAAUAACUCAAGCUUACCAAUCACUAGCCUCCUUUGUGGCCAGCAUGGAGAUUUUCUCUCACUACGGCUUGGUGUUCCAUUAUGUGGUGGUAAAGGUGGGUUUGGAUCUCAACUUCGAGCUGCUGGUGGUCGUAUGUCCUCAAAACGAAAACGUGGACAAGGAGAUGAAAAUGCUUCAAGUCGAAAUUUAGACGGUCGCCGGCUACGUACAGUAAAUGAGGCAAAAGCGCUGGCGGAAUAUCUGGCUAUAAAACCAGAAAUGGCCAAACGCGAAAAAGAAGAAAGAAAAAAGCGAUGGGAACAAGUUAUUGAAAUAGCAGAGGCUAGAGAGGAAGAACUGAGGUCUGGAAACAAGGGUAGGGUUGAUGGGAAAUGGAUUGAGGCCAAGGAAGAGGCCGCAGAGAGAACGAGGGAUGCCGUCAUUACCUCAAUGAAGUCUGGAAAUUAUAAAGACAACUUACUUGCCAGCUCAAUGAUGCUAGGCGUGAGUAAUUUGAGUUCAAAGAUGGAUAUAAAUGAAAAACAGACGUCGAGCGACCAAUCAUCCUUACAAUUAUGUGUUAAUUCUAGCUUUCAGAAGCUCUCCUGUUUCAACGACUUUGAUGAUAUUACAAGCAGUGACGAAGACGAGGAUCGAGAUAAAGGACCUGGAGGCUUAGCUUUCUCCGAAGAAACCGAAUCAACACAAGAAAAAGUCAAUAGAGAAAGUGAAUAG